UCCUCUUAUCUCUCCCGCCUUUACGGCGCCACCACCUUCUUGGAAAUGAGCUGGGGCAAAGGGGUGGGGGCUCAGACCACCGCCUCCUCCAGCAGGCCUCAUAAAAGAGAUGGUAACUGAGCCCAACACACCAGAGCAAGUCCUAGACCCACCAGCAGCUUGACUGUACAGACGCGCGAUGGCACUGAACACUCAGAUCCGGGCUGCCUGCCUCCUGGUCCUCCUCCUCGCUAGCUUGACCAGUGGCUCCAUUGUCCAGUCACAGACAGGGCAGCUUGCAGACCUCCCGUCCCACGACACAGCCGAAGCCAAGGCCAGCUUCAUGCCCACACUGCAGAGGCUAAGGAAGCGGGACACCCACUUUCCCAUCUGCAUUUUCUGCUGCGGCUGCUGUAAAAAUGUGAAGUGUGGGAUAUGCUGCAAGACAUAGAGCCUCCUGCCCUAACCCUCUCGCCCUCCCUUAUUUAUUCCUAUCCCCCUCCAAUAAUGGUCUUGGAAUAAAAUGGCUGGUUCUUUUAUAUUUCAAA